AAAUGUCCACAGAGAGGAUCGAGUUACUCUACGCCCCAUCUUUAAGCCCCGGUCAGUGCGCCGUUAGCUGUAGGACAACAGAGGAAACUAAACGGGGAGGAAGACUGGCUGUCUGGGAAAGAAACAGCUCUACCCUCAUGCCUUGAAAAAGGGAGAAAACUUCAUUAUCACCUGGCGGCUGAAAAAUGAUAGAAACAAUUGAUACCCAGCGUGCCUUGCAGGCGGUGGAGCGUCUCCAGGCCAAACUGAAGGAGCGGGGGGAGGUGCCCACCGAGGAGAAGCUCAGCCUGCUCAGAUCGGUGCUUCAAAGCCCACUCUUCCACCAGAUCCUGGCCUUGCAAAAGUCUGUCCAGCAUCUCAGAGAUCAGGGUAGUAUCACAUCAUCCAGAGGAAGUGACCUCAAUGAUCACAGCAUCAAAGCCAAUGGCAGCCAUGCUUCCUAUUCGGAUGACUCCGCAACUUCACAUAUCAACGGGAAAACCUCUUUGGAAGAAUUUGAGGGCAUUAUCCACUCUAUGGCCCAGGGUCGCUAUGUGACAAAUGUGGAGCUGCAGAAACCAGUGUCAGGGGGUCUCGGCUUCAGCGUGGUGGGGCUAAAGAGUGAGAACCGUGGAGAGCUGGGAAUCUUUAUUCAAGAAAUUCAACCAGGAAGUGUUGCCUACUGUGACGGGAAGCUAAAGGAAGCGGACCAGAUUCUGGCGAUAAGCGGUCAACCUCUGGACCACACGGUCACCCACCAACAAGCCAUCAGCAUCCUGCAGAGUGCUUCAGAGAAGGUGCAGCUCACCGUGGCCAGAGGGCCGAUACCUCAGCUGACCAGUCCAGUUGUGUCACGCACACCCUCUGCUGCUAGCACGUUAUCAGCCCACUCCAGCAAGUGGCAGCACGUGGAGACGAUUGAGUUAGUAAAUGACGGCACUGGUCUCGGCUUUGGGAUUGUUGGAGGAAAAACUACGGGGGUUAUUGUCAAAACCAUAAUUCCUGGAGGCGUCGCAGAUCAGGAUGGACGCUUACGAAGUGGGGAUCACAUCCUGCGAAUCGGAGACACCGACCUGUUUGGCAUGGGCAGCGAUCAGGUGGCCCAGGUCCUCAGGCUGUGUGGCAACAGGGUGAAACUGGUUGUUACCAGGGGGCCUGUGGAGGAGACGCCGUCUGCCGUCAUGUCUGUGGUGCUCCCCACUGUCGCUGAGCAGCAGGGAAGUGAAGAAGAGGAGAUUGAAGCAUUUGAUGUGAGCCUAAGCAAGAACACACAGGGACUGGGCAUCACUAUUGCUGGCUAUGUUGGAGAUAAGAAUUCAGAGCCCUCUGGCAUCUUUGUAAAGAGCAUAACAAAAGACAGUGCAGUGGAUCAGGACGGCCGGAUUCAUGUUGGAGACCAGAUAAUCGCCGUGGAUGGCGUAAACAUCCAGGGAUGCACCAAUCAACAGGCAGUGGAAGUUCUCAGACACACCGGCCAGACGGUCCACCUUAAGCUGAUCCGGCGAGGCUUCAGGCCCGACGACGAGGAGGAACCCCCCACCGUGACCCCUAUCGUCUCUAUCUUGUCCCCUUCUGCCACCGUCCCGACCACAGCCACCGUCAUGAAGGAGCUGGAGUUGGAGAGGAGCACGGCUCAGCAGCCCACUCAAGCAGCCGUCGUUGCUCAGAAGCAGUUCCAGACAACAGGAGAGGGAUCUGAUGUCAGCUCCGCUGUGGAUCAUCUAACAAAAGACAAACAUGGGCCGAAGUUAACCCCUACUGAAGAAGACAAACUGAUGAAGAAAUGGCAAGAGAUUCUUGGUCCAAAUAAUGAAGUUGUGGUGGCUCAGGUGGAGAAGUUUACUGAGAACAGCGGCCUGGGCAUCAGUCUGGAAGCUAGCGGUGGUCAUCAUUACAUCCGUUCAGUCCUUCCUGAGGGACCAGUCGGCCGCUGUACAAAGUUGUUUAGUGGGGAUGAACUGCUGGAGGUGAAUGGGAUUUCUCUGAUCGGAGAGACCCAUAAAGAGGUGGUGAGAAUCUUGAAGGAACUUCCAAUCUGUGUGUACAUGACAUGCUGCAGACCUGCUCCAGAUAUCCAGAUAGAUAUGGAUACAGUCCAACCAAAAUCAGAUGCUUUUCCUACAGAAUAUAAACUGAAGAAUAACAUCAGCAGUGCACUGGUUUCUGAAGUUUCAGAGACGAAUGACAUAGAAGAUCCACAGGAUACAGUUACCGAAGAGGCAAUUGGAUCUCCUUUGGCCAUGUGGGAGAUGGAGAUCCAGAAUAUCGAGCUGGAAAAGGGAGAAGGGGGAUUGGGAUUCAGUAUUUUGGACUACCAGGACCCGCUGGAUCCCUCCAAGACAGUGAUCGUGAUACGCUCGCUUGUUCCGAACGGUGUUGCAGAGAUGGAUGGCAGACUUCUGCCCGGCGACCGACUCAUGUAUGUGAACAGCACAAACCUGGAGAAUGCCACCCUUGAGGAUGCCGUCCAGGCACUUAAGGGGGCCAAGGUUGGAAAAGUCCAGAUUGGAGUUGCCAAACCUCUGCCUGGAAUAUGUGGAUAUUCCCAUUCUCCACACCCUUUUGGUGAGCAGGAAAUACCUUCAUCACCCAUCAUCCAUUCAUUUGACUUCAGCAGUAUUUUGAUUGAAGAAGGAGAGGAAGGAGGACUGACUGAGGGCAUCCUUUACCGAGCAGAACCUGCAUUGAUUGACACAAGUGAAGGAGACCUAUCUGAUGAUAAGGUGUUAGAUCAUACUUACUCUGGGAUGGAGGACGAUACAUUCCAGACAUCAAUGAUCGCUCUCCAUGGCAGCAGCUGCAGUGCUGACUUGGAUUGCCUGCAGUCAUCCACACCCAAGCUGACAGCCCGUCUGAACGUGUUGGAUGAACACCCCGGCUUCGCAGACGACGCUCUGGCGUUCUCCACAGAGAAGUCGGCCUCUUACACUCCAGCGACUUUGACAGGUCACAUCCCGGCGAUUAAUACCAUUCUAAGCAGCUCAGAUCAAUACUUGGCAAAGCACCCGAGUGAAGAACAAGAACCAGUCGGGUGCUCAGACUCCUACAGCCUGUUUGCAGAGAUAGAGGCCAAACACAUUGACCAGGAGGCACCUGUGGAGCACCCUCUCUGUCUGAUCGAACCAGUCAUCUCUUUUAGCGAUACGGAAGACACAACGGAUAAGGAGAAGGCUGGUGUGAAAGAAUCUGCUGAAGACGACAACAAAGCAGCUCUGACCUCUAUGAGCAAUUUUGAGAGGACCAUCACAGUUGUCAAGGGCAACUGCAGCCUCGGGAUGACAGUGAGCGCCAUGAAAGAUGGGCUGGGGAUGGUGAUCCGCAGUAUCAUCCAUGGGGGGUCCAUUAGCCGUGACGGUCGUCUGGGAGUGGGCGAUCUGAUCCUGGCGAUCAACGGAGAGCCCACCACCAACCUGUCUAACGUCCAAGCUCGUGCCAUGCUCAGGAGGCACUCUCUCAUUGGACCAGACCUCGGAUCUGCUUGUGCACCUGAGGACGAUCUGUGCCCGUUUUAUGUCGUUACAUACGUCCCUGCUGAGUACCUGGAGGAGUACAAAGCCAGCCUCGAGCAAGCUACGGAUGAUAGCUUCACUGAGACGGCUCAAGAAGAUAUUCCCAACCUCCCAGAGCGUGAAGAUGGAGAGGGAGAGGAGAGUGCCUCAUACAGCAACUGGAAUCAGCCAAGGAAAGUGGAGCUUUUCAGAGAGCCUGGUAAGUCCCUGGGGAUCAGCAUCGUUGGCGGCAGAGGGAUGGGCAGCCGUCUGAGCAACGGGGAGGUGAUGAGGGGCAUUUUCAUCAAGCACAUCCUGGAGGACAGCCCUGCUGGACAAAACGGGACACUAAAGACUGGGGACCGGAUAGUGGAGGUGGAUGGCGUCGAUUUACGAGACGCAAGUCAUGAGGAAGCUGUGGAAGCCAUACGGAAGGCAGGCAACCCUGUUUCCUUCUUGGUCCAGAGUAUUAUUCACCGAGCCAGGAAGCCGCCCCUGCCCUUUCUGCAGCUAAAUAGCCACCGUGACUCCAGCCUUUGCAGCACUAAUCAAAGCUCCUUAGCGCCUGCCCUCCCUCAGCAACCGCCAUCGAUAACAGACUCCGUUGAGGAGAGAGCCGUGCCGAAUUACAGCAAGGACAAGGAGGGUGACAGUCACAGUAGACUUUUUCUCCGCCUCUCCCCAACUAACCCUUUCACUCCUACCCCGUUUAAGCCGGCGAAGCGUGAAGCGCCAAAGGCAUCUCCCACCGGCUCCGUCCUCCCCCUGCCAGUGGUGCCCCAUGUGGGAGAGAGCGAUACAGACAAGCUCACUGAUAUUCCUGGAAGACCUGCAGAAACGGUUGAGCAGAGCAAGGAGGAGGAGGAGGAGAAGGAAGAGGAGGACGAGUUUGGAUACAAUUGGAAGAACAUAAUCCAGCGCUAUGGCAGCCUCCCAGGGGUCCUACACAUGAUUGAGCUGGAGAAAGGCAAGACGGGCCUGGGUCUCAGCCUGGCAGGGAACAGGGACCGCUCCCGCAUGAGUGUGUUCGUGGUGGGAAUAGACCCCAACGGAGCAGCUGGCAGGGACGGACGGAUGGGUGUGGGGGAUGAGUUACUGGAAAUCAACGGACAAGUUCUUUAUGGCCAAAGUCAUCAGAACGCAUCGUCCAUUAUCAAGAGCUCUCCAUCCAAAGUUAAAAUCAUCUUCAUCAGGAGCACAGAGGCACUGAACCAGAUGGCUGUGGGACCUGUGAGAGAGCAAGAGGGAGACACGGCAGAGUCCCAAACUGAGCCAAAAACAUCUCCCGCUAACGACGAUGAUGCUUCAAAACAUGUUCAUCACAUCAUAAAGGUGGAGGAGGACGGCAUUGCGUUUGUAGAAGGGAACACAGAGUCUGGCCUUGAGAUUCAGAGCAUAUCUGAAGCAACCGAACACACAGGAAAUGACGGCUGCAUGAAACCAGGGGACAAACUGUUGGCUGUGAAUGGGGAAUCAGUUCUUGGAUACACAGUUGAAAAGGUGAAUUCUUUAUUGAGAAAGGCCAAAGGUCCAGUGAAGCUCACAUUUGUAACAAAUGAGACCGUGUCCUCCUACCCAACUCCCCAGUCGGCUUGUCAGGACACCAUUAGCUCAGAUGGAGGACACACCAGCUCACCCAGCAUGCUUAGCACCACGCCGAGUACUUUAAGUCAGCCAGAAGCAGAGAUAAACACUGGUCUGAGUCGCUCUUCCACCCCUUCCACGCUGGCCUGCGACCCGGCAACCUGCCCCAUCAUCCCCGGCUGCGAGACCACCAUUGAAAUCUCCAAAGGCUGCACCGGACUGGGCCUGAGCAUCGUGGGGGGCUGCGACACCCUGCUGGGAGCCAUCAUAAUCCACGAAGUGUAUGAAGAAGGAGCAGCCUCCAAAGAUGGCAGACUUUGGGCAGGAGAUCAAAUCCUAGAGGUGAACAGCAUUGACCUGCGAGCAGCCAGCCAUGAUGAAGCCAUCAACGUGCUGCGGCAGACGCCCCAGAGGGUUCAGCUGACGGUCUACAGGGAUGAAGCCCAGUACAAGGAGGAAGAGCUGUGGGACUCCUUCACUGUGGAGCUGCACAAGAAGCCGGGCCAGGGUCUGGGUCUGAGCAUCGUAGGGAGGAGGAAUGACACGGGAGUGUUUGUAUCCGACAUUGUUAAAGGAGGUCUGGUGGACGUGGACGGCCGACUGAUGCAGGGCGACCAGAUUCUGUCGGUUAACAGCGAGGACGUCCGGUCAGCCACUCAGGAGGCCGUGGCUGCGCUGCUCAAGUGCUGCGUUGGGCCAAUAAAGAUGGAAGUCGGGAGGUUUAAGGCCGGUCCAUUUCACUCCGAGAGACGACUUUCCCAAAGUAGUCAGAUGAGUGAAACCGGCAGCUCCAAGGUGGCCAGUCAGUCUGGUUCCGAAUCAGAAAACCCUCCAAGUGAUUCUGACAUACCAAGCAAAAAUCAAGAGUUUGCAGAGCACCAAGACAUCAGAACGGUUGAGUUCACGAAAGGCCCUGGCGACUCUCUGGGAAUCAGCAUAGCCGGUGGAGUGGGCAGCCCUCUGGGUGACAUACCCAUCUUUAUCGCCAUGAUGAAUCCCAACGGCCUCGCUGCUCAGACGCAGCUCAAGAUGGGAGACCGAAUUGUCAGCAUAUGCGGCACAUCUGCUGAAGGCAUGAGUCACUCGCAGGCUGUCACUCUGCUCAAGAACGCCACGGGAACAAUACAGCUGCAGGUGGUAGCAGGUGGCGACACCACCGUGACGGGGCCCACUCAGAAGCAGGAUGGGGGUUCUCUGAUGCCCAGCUGCAUCUUCCAGGAUGAUAUUGGCCCACCUCAGUAUAAGACGAUCACUCUCGAAAGGGGACCUGAUGGACUUGGUUUCAGUAUAGUCGGAGGGCACGGCAGCCCCCAUGGAGAUUUACCUAUUUACGUCAAAACAGUGUUUGGAAAGGGAGCGGCGGCCGAGGACGGCCGUCUGAAGCGGGGAGACCAGAUCAUCGCUGUGAACGGGCAGAGCCUGGACGGAGUCACGCAUGAAGAAGCCGUCGGCAUCCUGAAGAGGACCAAAGGAACCGUAACCCUCACUGUGCUUUCAUAGACGACAAACCACAAUCAACGUUUUGCUGUCCUGCAGAGACCGAGGCUGAAUCCACAGUGAUCUUGUUACUAAGGUGACCGUGUGCACCUAGAAGAGUUUAGAUAAUCAUGAAGAAGCGUUUUGUUUACUGUAGGUCUGAACACUGUGGUUCAUCGAAGCCUACUGACAGACUGAGAAGAGAUCACAACAAUAAGUAUUUUUAAUUAUGUGAAGCAUUCCCUGACACUGGAUCAAAGUAUGUAAAUGCUGCUCUGAAGAAACUUCCUGGUUUGAGCGUGUUUCGGAUUUAUUUGUUGAAGUAUAGUGCUGCUAGCGCUCGUAUGUAAGGUCUUAUGACUCUGUAUUUGUUUUUGUACUACGCGUCAUUAAAUGUACAGAAACAUACAUGAACUAUUUUUAGAAUCACGUCUGGAAAAAGUGGGUCGUCUGCACUUGUGAUUAUAAGGUUCUUGGUUGCCCAAAAUAAAGUGAUCCGGUGUGUAGUUCUGGAGGUCACUGGUGUGUGUUUUGGAGUCUAGGUGGAAAGAUAACAUGUCUGUUUUAUCACUUUAAAUGUAUUUUUAGUACUGUUUAUGUGAACACUGAAAUUAAACAAUAAAAGUGACCUUCGGCUUUA